AUGGCUGGUGUAAAAAAUGUAAUAGCAAGUGUAUUAGUAAUUGCUGUACUUUGCUUAAAUGGAAUCACAAGCAAACGAUCGAUUGAUUUAUCCAUUUCAGAAACCACUACUAUUAAAUUAACUGUAACACCAGGAGAGACACUCGAAUUUGCAUGCCCAUAUACAAAUAAAGGAGUACAAGGACUAGUUCUAAAUCAUAAAGAGAAAAACAAUUAUGAUGAAAAUUUAUUAUGUUUUGAAUAUGUAUCAGUAAUGAACCAACCAUAUAGAAUACAAGAUUAUGUUCGUGGUGCAUAUAAUAUAAAAACUAAUUUAGAAGGUAAUGUCCGUAGAUCUGAAUUUACUGUUCCCCCUAUUGUUGUAAACACUCGAAAUUUUUCAUGUCACUGUUACAUGGAAACAGGAAAUAAAGUUGUCAGAAAAGUAUUACAAGUAUAUAUUUCAGGUCGUUCACAAAAAAUACCAGGAUGUGAUUUUAAUUAUGAUUAUAGAUCAUCUACAGCUAUAACUAUAAAUAAUGCUACAAACUAUCGUGUAAACAAAGUAUGUGAAGCAUAUCCAAAAAGUGGAAACGAUCUUGUAUUGUUAUGUCCCCUUAAUUAUACUGUAAAACCUGACAAUUGUUUUACUAAUGUAUAUGUUAAAAAGGAAAACAAUAGUGAUAACGAAAAUAGGGUAAAUAAUAAUAGAUGGGAUGAAAAUAAUUAUAAUGUUGUUAACUCAUCAACUCUUUUUGAUAGAGAAUUAAUUACACAUGGAGAUCAAAACUCUGUAUUUACAAAAUUACCUGCGACUAGUAAGGCAAUAUCUUUUUCUUGUCUAUGUCAAUCACCGGAUGGGGAAGAUGUUUUAAUGAUGAAUGUAUAUAUGAACAAAGUUCAAAAUAAUUAUUAUAGAGAUUCGAGAUCCUAUGUAAAUCAUAAUGAAGAAGUUUCAACUACAUCUUAUUAUAAAUCAAGCAAAACAACUAGUAAUGCUUUUGUUUCUAUUGUUAGUAAAAUCUCUGUUUUUAUCUUUUUAGUAAGUUAUUACAUUUUCUUUUAA